AUGGCUUCCCUUCUGGCUUUUGAUGACGUCAUCAAGCACAACAAAAACAAAGAUUGCUGGGUGAUUAUAUCCGGGAAGGUGUAUGAUGUUUCUGAGUAUAUGGCUGAACACCCGGGAGGACCUGAAGUUUUGGUUUCAGCAACAGGACAAGAUGGAACAAAUGACUUUGAAGAAGCUGGGCAUAGCGAUUCCGCGAAGAAAAUGAUGGUGAAAUAUUGUAUCGGAGAAAUCGAUACAGCUGGAGUUCCUGUGAUAGAAAGAUCCAUUCCACCACAGGAGAAUUUUGGUCCAAUCAAGACCACGGGGGAUUUCCUUGUCAAGAUUUUCAUGUUCUUGGUACCCCUUAUCAUCAUUGGUUUGGCAUUGGUUUAUCAAAAGACCAACACCAAAUAA